ACAACCCCAACCAGUGAUUAUCUGAAACGUCCAGCAUCAUCUCCAAAAACCAACCAAGAAAAAAUCGCAAAAACCACUGCCAGCAGCUGCAAACAUCAACACACCAUUAACUCAGAAUCCAACUCCAACUACAAAGGAGGCCGUUUGUCGCCAAAUUUAAAUUACACGAUGCAAACUGGAAUGAGUUCUCAAAGACGACCGACCAAGAGCUUGAUAAAAGAAGACUCACCAAUCAGACAAACAGAGACGCUGCGGUACUCACCAAGUCUAUUCGUGGUGCAGCUAAUAAACAUAUUCCACAAACCCACCCCGGUCAAAAAAGAUCCGUUUAUUGGUGGAGUUCCGAGCUCUCCACACUUCGAUUGGAAAAGAUUUCGGAAAGCAGCGAAAUCCGCUAAAGCCCAAUGUUUCCAACAAUUUUCCAGCACAAUUAACAGGGACACGCCCAUUGCAAAAGUUUGGAGCCAAUUGAAAACUAUCUACAACAGAAAUACGGAUAACUCAAUACUAUCAAUCAAAUCCAACAAUCAAACCCUACUCGAUCCAUCGAAUAUUGCAAAUCAAUUCGCCUCAGACUGGGCACAGUUCUCCUCAGACGAUAAUUUCUCCCCCGCUUUUAGAGCAGCGAAGUACCGAACAAGUGUUCCUUUAACUCACAACCCAUCCAACAUGCAAGCGAGAAUGUUAGAGUCAGCUAUUACCACAUCCGAAUUCAAACAAGCAAUUAAUGGUGCGGGUAUAAUGGAGGACCACACCAUUAAACCAACGGCAGGAAGAAGACCUGUCACAGGUUCGGGUAGGGACAUGAGUGAGGAGCGAAUUUAA